AUGACUAAAGACACAGUGAACAACAUAAAUACAAGUGCAAAUACAAGUUUCAAUUUUAAGGAAGUAACCAAUAAAGCUUUGAGAUCAGGCUUAUCAGGAAGCAUGGCGAUGGUAAUCCAAGUUUGUUCUUUAAUGUGGCUCAGAACAACAAUGAAUUACUAAUAUAGAUAUGGAGGAACAAUAGUAGGAACAAUUAAGAAUUUAUAUGGCUAAGGAGGAGUUUUGAGAUUUUAUAAAGGUAUAUAAUUAAUUGAAAUUAAGGUUUGGCACCAGCAUUGCUACAAGGACCAUUGUCUAGAUUUGGAGAUACAUUUGCUAAUACCCUUUUCUUAACAUUGAUGGAUUCUUUUGAAUAAACAAGAGAAUUACCAGUGAUGAUUAGAGCAGCUGGAGGUUCAGUCAUGGCUGGAAUUUUUCGUAUAGCCUUAACUCCAAUUGACACUGUGAAAACCUUACUUUAAGUUGAAGGGAAAAAUGGCUUGACUAUACUUUAAUCCAAAAUAAAAGUUAAAGGAGUGCCGGUACUUUAUCAUGGGGCUUUAGCUACCGCAUCAGCUACAAUUGUAGGACAUUAUCCAUGGUAUAAUUUUUCUUUUAACCUAAGGUUUGCUACAUUUAAUCUCUUAAAUGAAAAGCUUCCUGAUUAUGCAGAUAAAAAGAAAAAAUUAGCUAGAAGAGCUUUUAUAGGUUUUUGUAGUUCCGUCAUAUCAGAUACAAUCUCAAAUUCACUUAGAGUCAUAAAAACAACAAAGCAAACAAAUCAAAAUCCUAUAACAUAUAAAGAAGCUGUAAAUUUAGUCUUAGAAAAAGAUGGUAUAAAAGGAUUAUUUGGAAGAGGUUUGAAAACAAGAAUUCUUACUAAUGGUCUACAAGGAUUAAUUUUUAGUGUAUUAUGGAAAGGAUUCGAAGAUUAUCUUAAUAGAAGAUCAUCUUAACAGUGA